AGUCCUUGACUAGCUUUUCUUCCCUGUCAAAGUUCAUAAAUAAAAGACAAAGACUCGGUUUCGGAAAACUGCACUCUGACUUGCUGUCGCUCCUCUUUUGGUAUACGUUGCAAAGUAACACAGUCUUAACUCGUACAUCUUUAUAUUUUGUUUUCGCCCUUUUGCUUCUGACGAGUUUGAUCCAAAAUGGAGUACAACUUUACAGGGAAAACCGUACUAGUGACUGGAGCUGGCUCAGGUAUUGGGAAAGGUUUGUGCUUGAAGCUCUCCAAAUGCGGAGCCAAAGUCAUAGCAGUUUCCGUGAUACAAAAGGAGCUGGACGAUCUGGUGGAGGAAGUCCCAUCAGUGCAACCGAUCUGCGUGGACUUGGCCAAGUGGGAUGAGACGAAGACCGCUCUGGAAAAGGUUGGACCGGUUGAUGGCCUCGUCAACAAUGCAGGCAUCGCGCUCUUGAGCCCUUUCUUCGAUAUCACUGAGGAUGAAUUUGAUAGGUCCUUUGAUGUAAAUGUCAAAGCAAUCCUCUGCGUUUCACAAGUCAUCGGCAAAGGCAUGGUCGAACGCAAGAAGGGGUCAAUCGUGAACAUCUCUUCGAUCGCAUCUCGGUUCGGCUACGAGAAUCAUACGGUGUAUUGCGGGACGAAGACUGCCGUGGACGGAAUGACGCGGGCGAUGGCGCUGGAGCUGGGGAAGCACAACGUCCGCGUCAACUGCGUCUGUCCGGUCGUCGUCCUUACUCCGCUGGGUCGGCAGUGGUGGGCAGAACCCAGCCGGGCCAAUCCUAUGCUCAAUAGGAUUCCAUUGGGUAGAUUUGCAGAGAUUGAGGACAUUGUGAACCCAGUAAUGUUUCUGCUGACUGAUAAUGCCAGUAUGAUCAACGGGGCUCGAUUGCCCGUGGACGGCGGUCACACCAAUGCUCCCUUUCAUUGCUCUGAAUAACAAUUUUGA